AUGACCACAACCGACACGUUUGACAAAGAACCAUUCUCAAUUCAAGCCACGGCCACCACCGAAGGAAUCACCACUAUAACGAUCAACCGACCGCACCGCCGCAAUGCCAUCGACGGGCCCACCGGGCGGAAACUAACAACCGCAUUCCUCAACUUCGAAAACGACCCAACCCAAAAAGUCUGCGUAUUCUACGGCGCCCACGGCAACUUUUGCGCGGGGUCCGAUCUCUCCGAAGUCGCCAAGCUAAAAGAGACCGACACCGCCAACAACUCCGGCCCACGCAUCGGCGCCAUCGGCCCAUCUCGCAUGCAGAUUCGGAAACCACUGAUAAGCGCCGUAUGCGGGUACGCAGUAGCAGGGGGGACAGGACUCAGCCUUCUCGGCGACAUCCGCGUAGUCGAAGAGGACGCAACAUUUGGGAUCUUCUCUCGGCGGUGGGGAAUCCCGCUAAUGGACAGCGGAACAGUUCGACUCCAAGCCAUGAUUGGGCUCGGUCGAGCACUCGAUAUGAUCCUGACAGGUCGGGCGGUUGGUGCGCAGGAGGCUUUGGCGAUGGGUUUAGCGAACAGGGUCGUUCCGAAAGGGAGGGCGUUUGAGGAAGCGACGAACAUUGCGAGGCAGCUGGUGGCGUUCCCGCAGGGAAGUCUGAAUGCGGACCGCGAGUCAUGUUACUAUGCUGUUUAUGGGGCUAAAUCGUUCGAAGAUGCGAUGGGGUUCGAGUAUGAUAAUGGGAUGAAGGUUGUUUAUCAAGAGAGCGCUAAGGGGGUAGUGAGGUUUGGUCGUGGUGCUGGGAGACAUGGAAAAUUUGAUUUAAGCGCAAAGCUUUGA